AUCAAGCACCUAGGCAUGCAGACUGCUUCUACAAACAUUUUUGAAAGAAUGGGUCGCUCUCAGGAGCUCAGUUAAUAUAAGUGUGGUAUUGUGAUAGGUUGCUACCUGUGCAAUAAGCCCAUCUGUGAAAUUUCCUUGAUAUUAAAUAUUCCAUGGUCAACUGUUACUGGUAUUAUAACAAAGUGGAAGCAACUGGGAACAACAGCAACUCAGCCACGAAGUGGUAAGCCAUGUAAAAUGACAGAGCAGGGACAGUGCAUGCUGAAGCGCACAGUGUGCAGAAGUCGCCAACUGUCUGCAGAGUCGUUAGCUAAAUACCUUCAAACUUCAUGUGGCCUUCAGAUUAGCACAAAAACAGUGCAUAGAGAGCUUCAAGGAAUGGGUUUCCAUGGCCGAGCAGCUGCAUCCAAGCCUUACAUCACCAAGGGCAAUGCAAGCAUUGGAUGUAGUGGUGUAAAGCACACCGGACUUCACCAGAGAACAUUGCUUGCCUGGCUGCAUUGUGCCAAGUGUAAAGUU